AUGCUCUGUGGCGGCACAACAUCACUCUUUGCCACAUACAACUCAUCCUUCACCGACCUCCUGCAUUUCACGCAAUACGAGACCAACCUCGUUGCAUCACUCGGCGACUACGCACACUACAUGUCCGCUCCGCUCUUCGGAUACCUCACAACGCGCAUAGGACCGACGCGCGUAAUCCAAGCGGCAGCGGUGCUGAUGUUUUUCGGAUACUGGGGGCUCAGCUACAUGUUUGAACAGACAAGGGGGGUGGGGCAUCAGGUGGGGCUAAUGUCGGUGAUGUUUGCUCUGGUUGGGGUCGGAUCGAAGGCCGCGUAUAUGGCGACGAUGGCAACAGCUGCAAGAAAUUUCGGCUCGUCUAGGCAUAAGGGUGUUGCUAUGGGCGUGCCGCUGUCAUUGUAUGGGCUGUCGACGUUUGUGUUUUCCUCGAUCAAGGCGCGGUGGUUCGAGGCUGAUGAGAGCCCCCGCAGGUACUUGGCAUUUAUGGCUGGUGUCUCUCCGCGCAGACGCCGGCUCACGCUGUCGCAACCACAGCUGCAGCCCGGCGGCCCUUCCGCUGAGCCCGAGCCCGAGCCCAAGGGGGCUUUGCCACCGCCAACCUCCGCAUUACUGCUUUUUGCGCGCGACCCAACAGCCUGGGCGCUACUCCUUGGGCUGAUCUGCUUUUCUGGGCCGGGCCUGGCAUUCAUCAAUAACUGCGGCACAAUGGUGCGCGCCAUGUCACACACCAGCACACUGACACCCAGCCAGCUCAACCAGUACCGCGACCGGAUCGUUGCCACCCAAUCGUUCUGCUCGUUUUCUGCCCGGCUCGCCACCGGAUACCUGUCGGAUCUCUGGCGCACGCGCCUACGACUCCCGCGCAGCGGACUGCUAAUUGUUGCCGCCCUCCUGAUGAUUUAUGCACAAACAAUGGCGUCCCAGAUAUCGCAGCUGGAGGAGCUCCACCGGUUGGCUAUUUUGGUGGGCGUGGCGAUGGGCGCGGCUUUUACGUUGGCGCCGACGAUUACUGCGGAGACUUGGGGCGCUGAGAGGUUUGGGAUUUGCUGGGGCGUGAUCACUUUGGGACCAGCGAUUGGAGGGCAUGUAUGUAAUUUGAUUUUUGGCGCCGAGUGGGAUCGCGCUCAGGGCGGGCUGGAAGGGGAAAACGCACAGUGUGAUCAGGCGUGCUUUGCUCCAGCGUUUUUGUCGACCGCGAGGAUUGCCUGGGUUGCCUUAGGCUUUUUCGCUCUCGUUAUGGCGCUUCCACUUAUGCGGAUGCGGCUGCAGCGACCAAGCGCCGCAUAA